AUGAAGGCGGCCACGACAACAUGGGCGGGACUGGACGACAACGUGCGCGCGUGCGUGCUGCUCCACCUUGAACCCCGCGACCUCGCCAACGUGGCGCAAACGAGCCGCGCGAUGGCGAGGGAGGCCGAAGCUGAUGCCGUGUGGGCCACGCUCUUCCUGCGCCGCUUCGGGUCCGACUUCUGGGGCGAAAACGUCGGCCCGCACCCCUACCACGCGGGAGAGCCCGUGCCGGACGAACUUCUGCGCCGUGCGAACUGGUGGAACAGAGAGACAGAAGGAAAGCAGACCACCAGCGAGGACGGAGAAGAGGAGGAUGAGGAGCCGCAGGCACUCACUGUGGCGGUCCACUUCCGUGGGCUGCAGAUCGGCAACUGGCGCAAGUGGAACGGGAAGAGGUACACGCGACUGCACGUCAUCUACGCCAUCGACUGCGAGCGCAUGGCCGACCCGGACUACCAGGAACAGGUGUUCCGCGAGCUGCACGGGUUCUUGGGCGAGGGCAAGGGCCAGUUCGAGGACGGCCUGUUCGUCAAUCUGCACCUCAUCAAUGCGCCGCCCGACUUUGGUCCCGUGCGCAUUCUCGAGCGCCUCAAGGUGUGGUCCGUGGUGGUGACCCAGUGGAGUUCGUGGUUCUUCGGCGCGCGACAGAUUCCUCUUUUCGUCGAGCCCAGGCACUGGUGCCCGUUCUACGCCGGGCCGGUGGUGUUCGUGGUCACCUCCUUCACCAUGCCUCCCGCCGACGCUGUUGCCGACGACGAACCUGCCGCCGAGCGGGAGAAGCGCGAGUCGCUGAUUAUGCGGGGGCUCGUGUGGCUCAGCAAGCAGCCGAUGGCCGACCGACCUCAUUCCUACGUGCGACCGGACGACAGCCUGUGGCUGUGCGCUCUCACCGACGCCCGCGCCGACGAGGAGCGCCGCGCCAAAGAUGAAGCCACCGCCUGGAUGAACGACCUGUAG